UAUUGUGAGCUUUCACUGGUUUUGCUUCGCAAACGAACUGUAAUUCUAGUUUUUAAUGGAGUUUUGCUAAGGAAGAAGAUGAAGAAGAGAUCAGAAGAAGAAAAGAAGAAUUAACCUUUUCUUUUUUUUUUCGCCAGUUAGGUGAGGUAAUAAGUGGGGGGUAAUUAAUUGGGGGUAAUUUUUUAAAAAUUUUGGGUGGGUUAGGUUUAUUUAACUUUAGUUAGGUUAGUGUGUGGUUACAAUUGGGUUAUGACGUCACACUUGGGUAGUAAUCGGUGCAAUUAUGUUGAAUGUGGAGUAGUAAUUAGAAACUUUUUUUUUUACGGGUAGUAAUUAACAAGGGAGCUCCUUCUGAGGUAAUAAUUAACAAAUUUUCCUAUUAAAUAGGAUGAAAGGUUGAAUAAGUUAGAAUAAGGGCGAAAUUGGAAUAUAAUGUUUUACAAAAAUUUACUUAUUUAAAAUUGUCUCUGCAUUUAGUACUCCCCGUAACAAACCAUAAGCUGUAUCCGUUUGAGAAUAGGAAAUCGUAGUUUCAAUUUAUUAUAUAGACAAUUUUGUACUCUGAUCGGCAGCAAAUAUUUAUGGAGGAUUCGGCGAAAACAAUUAAUCAACAUGGUUACAUGGGUGAUUCAAGAAAGAUCGAUGUUGAUGACGAUCCAUUAAAAGUUGUUGAAAUAUUCGGAGUUGCAAAGACGAGAAGGAUGUACGAAGAUGCAAUAGCGGAAGCCGGUAUAACCGAUGAUAGAGCGAAGGCGCUGUGCUUGAAAUUUGCUGCUCUUGAAAAGAGUUUAGAUGACUCGGAUCGUGCUCGGGCUAUUUAUAUAUAUGCCUCCUCACUGUUUAAUCUUGAAACAGAUCCUGAUUUUUGGACUCAAUGGCUCGAUUUUGAACAACACUUUGGGAAUGAAGAUACAAUCAGAGAAAUGCUGAGAAUUAAACGAAGUGUAUCUAGCUUAUAUCAACCAAAUGUAAAUUUAUCUCCUGAAUUAUUUUUUGGAGAAUGAUAAGCUUUAAUUUGAACCCUUGAUUUUGUAAGAUACAUAUAUGUUAUCAUGGGAAUUGGAAAUGGAUUUUCAACCAAACAUUUCAAUUGAAGUUAUUGUAGCAUAUUGUACU